AUGGCCCUGGACGGCGAGCGUGGGGAGCAAGAGGAGGAGAAGAAAAAGAAGAAGAAGAAAAAGAAGAGGAGGAAGAAGAAGGAGAAGGGAGAGGAGGAGGAGGAGGGGGCCGAGAAGAGAAGCUCACCGUUUGCCGCCCGCACCAUGGCCGAGGAUGCGGCCGCCUCCGCCGCCGCGCUCCGGGCCAGCGGCAGGGGGCUCUCAGACCCCUGGGCAGACUCGGUGGGAGUGAGACCCCGCACCACCGAGCGCCACAUCGCGGUGCACAAGCGGCUCGUGCUGGCUUUCGCCGUGUCCAUCGUGGCACUGCUGGCCGUCACCAUGCUGGCCGUGCUGCUUAGCCUGCGCUUCGACGAGUGUGGGGCAAAUGCGGUGCCAGGCACCGACGGGGGCCCCGCGGGCUUUCCGGAGCGCGGGAGCAAUGGUAGUCUCCCGGGAUCACCCCGGCGCCGCCACCACCACCACCAUCACCAUCACCAUCACACGGGCGGCGGCGGCGGCGGCGGGGACUCCAUGCAGCCCGAGACAAGCGGGGUAGCCAUCCCCGGUCCCCCAUCUCCCCAGCCGCCGCCGCCGCGGCCGCCGCCGUCGGAAGACGAUCGAGAGCACUGGCAGCCAUGGACGCAGCUGCGCUUAUCCGGUCAUUUCAAACCUUUGCAUUACAAUUUGAUGCUCACCGCCUUCAUGGAGAACUUCACCUUCUCCGGGGAGGUCAACGUGGAGAUCGCGUGCCGGAACGCCACCCGUUACGUGGUGCUGCACGCCUCCCGGGUGGCGGUGGAGAAGGUGCAAGUGGCCGAGGACCGGGCAUCCGGGGCGGUGCCCGUGGCCGGUUUUUUCCUCUACCCUAAAACCCAGGUCUUAGUAGUAGUACUGAACAGGACCCUGGACGCUCAGAGGAAUUACAACCUGAAGAUUAUCUACAACGCGCUGAUCGAGAACGAGCUUUUGGGCUUCUUCCGCAGCUCCUACGUGCUCCACGGGGAGAGAAGAUUCCUUGGUGUUACUCAGUUUUCACCUACCCAUGCCAGAAAGGCAUUCCCAUGUUUUGAUGAGCCAAUCUACAAGGCUACUUUCAAGAUCAGCAUCAAACAUCAAGCAACUUAUUUAUCUCUAUCCAACAUGCCAGUGGAAACGUCCGUGUUUGAGGAAGAUGGAUGGGUAACAGAUCACUUUGCACAGACCCCUCUCAUGUCCACAUAUUAUUUAGCCUGGGCAAUUUGCAACUUCACAUUCAGAGAAACUACCACCAAGAGUGGGGUUGUAGUACGGUUAUACGCAAGACCUGAUGCCAUCAGAAGAGGAUCUGGGGACUAUGCUCUCCAUAUUACAAAGAGAUUAAUAGAGUUUUAUGAAGACUACUUUAAAGUGCCCUAUUCCUUGCCAAAACUAGAUCUUUUAGCUGUGCCUAAGCAUCCGUAUGCUGCUAUGGAGAACUGGGGACUAAGUAUUUUUGUGGAGCAAAGAAUACUGCUGGAUCCCAGUGUUUCAUCUAUUUCUUAUUUGCUGGAUGUCACCAUGGUCAUUGUUCAUGAGAUAUGUCACCAGUGGUUUGGUGACCUUGUGACUCCUGUUUGGUGGGAAGAUGUGUGGUUGAAGGAAGGUUUUGCUCACUACUUUGAAUUUGUGGGUACAGACUACCUCUACCCUGGCUGGAACAUGGAAAAACAGAGAUUUCUGACAGAUGUUCUGCAUGAAGUGAUGCUGCUUGAUGGUCUAGCCAGUUCCCAUCCAGUGUCACAGGAAGUGCUACAGGCAACAGAUAUUGACAGGGUAUUUGACUGGAUCGCAUAUAAAAAGGGUGCUGCUUUAAUAAGAAUGCUGGCUAAUUUUAUGGGCCAUUCAGUUUUUCAGAGAGGUUUGCAAGAUUAUUUAACCAUUCAUAAGUAUGGCAAUGCAGCCAGAAAUGAUCUCUGGAAUACAUUAUCAGAGGCUUUAAGGAGAAAUGGAAAAUAUGUAAAUAUACAAGAGGUAAUGGAUCAGUGGACAUUGCAGAUGGGCUAUCCUGUUAUCACCAUCUUGGGAAAUACAACAACAGAACACAGAAUAACAAUUACCCAACAACAUUUUAUUUAUGACAUCGGCGCAAAAAUUAAAGCAACUGAACUUCAAAAUAACAGUUACCUGUGGCAGAUUCCAUUAACAAUUGUGGUGGGAAAUAGAAGCCAUGUGUCUUCAGAAGCAAUUAUUUGGGUGUCUAACAAAUCAGAGCAUCACAGAAUAACUUAUUUGGAUAAAGGAAGCUGGCUGUUAGGAAACAUCAAUCAAACUGGCUACUUUAGAGUCAACUAUGACCUAAGGAACUGGAGAUUAUUAAUUGAUCAGUUAAUCAGGAACCAUGAGGUUCUUUCUGUCAGUAACCGUGCAGGUUUGAUUGACGACGCCUUCAGCCUGGCCAGGGCUGGCUAUUUGCCUCAGAAUAUUCCCCUGGAGCUUAUCAGAUACCUGUCUGAGGAGAAGGAUUUUCUUCCUUGGCAUGCUGCCAGCCGAGCUCUCUAUCCUCUAGACAAAUUAUUGGACCGCAUGGAGAACUACAAUAUCUUCAAUGAAUAUAUAUUAAAACAAGUUGCUACGACAUACAUCAAACUUGGAUGGCCAAAAAAUAAUUUUAAUGGAUCCCUUGUUCAAGCAUCCUACCAAUAUGAAGAGCUUCGCAGGGAAGUGAUCAUGUUGGCCUGCAGUUUUGGCAACAAGCACUGUCACCAGCAAGCAUCGACACUCAUUUCAGAUUGGAUUUCCAGCAACAGAAAUAGAAUCCCACUAAAUGUCAGAGACAUUGUCUACUGUACGGGUGUGUCGUUGCUGGAUGAGGACGUUUGGGAGUUCAUAUGGAUGAAGUUUCACUCCACCACCACGGUUUCUGAAAAGAAGAUCUUGCUUGAGGCCUUAACCUGCAGUGACGACAGGAAUUUAUUGAAUAGGCUUCUCAAUCUCUCGCUGAAUUCUGAAGUGGUAUUGGAUCAGGAUGCCAUUGAUGUCAUAAUCCAUGUAGCCCGAAAUCCACAUGGUCGAGACCUCGCCUGGAAGUUCUUCAGAGAUAAAUGGAAGAUACUUAAUACCAGGUAUGGAGAAGCAUUAUUUAUGAAUUCUAAACUUAUCAGUGGAGUUACAGAAUUUCUCAAUACUGAAGGAGAACUUAAAGAGCUGAAGAACUUCAUGAAGAGCUAUGAUGGGGUGGCGGCUGCUUCUUUCUCACGAGCUGUGGAGACUGUGGAAGCCAAUGUGCGCUGGAAAAUGCUUUAUCAAGAUGAGCUUUUCCAAUGGCUGGGAAAAGCUAUGAGACACUAAUAUGCCUCAUAAAGUUAAUCUGAAAUUUUGUGAGAGGACCUGCUUUGUGUGGAAUGAGGGAAAUGGCCCAAUUUUCUGUGUUAACAUGUGGGAGGAUUUAUUUUAUUUUAUUUUUAUUUUGGGGGUAUUUCUGUUUGUUUCAUUCACUGUUUUGUUUCUCUACUGGGUUUUUUGUAAAGAAAUUCCUG